AUGGAAUUGUCCUCUAAAAAGAGGAACUCCUCUUUUUACCUCAGGAAAGCAAAUUCCAGUAUACUUAGCAUGAGCGAGCAUGACUACGAGCUCCAUUCAGUUCAAGAAAGUUCAGCCAAUUUUAGGCAUGAUAUAGAAAACCAAGGUAUUCAAACCCAGAGUCCAUCAUAUUCAUUAUGGUGGAAACUUAAGAGUUGGGUUAAAUCGAGACCGAAAAGAAUUGCUUUGGCGAUCAUUGGCUUGCUAGCUUGCUACGCUUGUGUGGAGUUUUUGGUACUGAGACGUGAAUGGAACGACUGGGGAGUCAAGCCUCUUCGAUUGACAAUUGGUGACAGUCACGUCAAAAGAUUCUCCAUAGAACACGUUCUCAAUAAGGAAUUUGCAUAUCAAGAAUUUGAUUGGAGAUUUAUCAGACCUAGCUCUCGCUAUAAGUUACAGGAAGAGGAUCCAGGUCUUUAUCUUUCCGUAGAGGCCCCAAAUGGAAUCUCUCGAUAUGUUGCCAAGCAGAUGGUAGACAAUCAUUUUUAUUUUGAGCUGAGUAAAACAACCUUCUCGUAUGGAGGCGAGGAGUUUGAAAUAGAGGAUCUUAUACCGUCCUACCGUCUCGACAAGGCGAUACUAUCCACAGGUCACGAAAAAGAAUAUCGGCAUUCCUCCAGGGCCUAUUACUGGCUCAAAGACGUUACGACUAAUAUCUACCUUCCCAUAACACCGUUUCCAGAUGAGGGUGCCCUCUACAAAUUGUCUUAUGCCAAGUUCUCACCUUCCUACAAUUUUAUCUACUUUGUUUACGAAAACGACCUUUUCGUCCAGCAAACAGAAUUCGGUUCGACACCGCAGCGGCUCACUACUGAUGGCUCGCAUUCCGUAUUCAAUGGCAAGCCAGACUGGGUGUACGAAGAAGAGAUUUUCUCAUCCGAUGAGGCCGUAUGGUGGGCAGAGGACGAUUCUAAACUAGUUUUUGCUAAAUUCGAUGAUUCUGAUGUUCAAACGUUUGAUUAUAUGUCAUUUUCCGGCAAUGGACCCUACAAUUCCCAAAAGCAGGUCAAAUACCCCAAACCAGGCACCCCAAAUCCCUCCGUGAAACUUUUCACGUUGAGUAUGUCAGAAGGAGUUCUUUACGAGUUACAAAGUCAAAAGCAGUCUCACGAGAAGAUUCUGUAUUUUGGCCAAUGGAUUGGACCAAACCAAUUCCUUUUCAAAGAAAGCGACCGAGAAUCAAAAGAAUUGACAAUUAAUCUAUACGAUUGUGAUACCGCAAUGGUUUCUCCUGUGAGAACUGUUUACUCCAAUACCUAUAACGGAUGGAUUGAGAAGCAAAAGAAAGUUAUGGUAAUCCCACCUAAAGAGUCUUUAGGAAGGAAACAAUUUGGCUAUGUUGACGUCGAAACCGAUUCAAAAGGAUUUUUGCAUUUAUUUUAUUAUCCUGGAGGAAAAUCCAUUGAGGGUCACCAGUUAACCCAUGGAGAUUGGGAAGUGACUGGGAAUGGAAUUAUUGGGUACGAAUUUGAAACUGACACCGUUUUCUUUCUUGCAAAUGAAAGGGGAAGUAUAUUUCGACACAUUUAUUCAGUAAUUGCUGUCACUGGAGAUACAAGUGGCGUAAAGGUCUUGCAAAAUCCCGAGGAAGGAAGCUUUAACGCCUUUGAGUUAAGUGCAAGUUGUAGAUUUGCCAUCCGGCAAUACUUGGGUCCCAAUAUUCCUGUAACCACCGCUGGACCUUUGACUUUAAUUUUAAGCGAUGAUCAUUCAAGGUCAAUCACACCGCUAACAAACUCAGAAAAUCUCAAGACUACAUUGCAGAAGUUCGACAUGCCUGAAACUUCACAUCAUGUUAUUAAAUUGAGUGACGGCGUAGAGAUUCUGUACACCCUCAUCCAGCCAAAAGGAAUAGAUGAAGAACGAAAACAUCCAUUAUUAGUACAAGUUUACGGUGGUCCGGGAUCGCAAACUGUCACAGCAAGAUUUGAUGUAGGGCUUGAGGAAAGCGUGUCCAGCGGGCUGGAUGCUAUAGUUUUGAAGAUUGAGCCCAGGGGCACAGGAGGCCGAGGAUGGAGUUUCAAGAGAUGGGUCAAGGGGAAAAUAGGUUACUGGGAAGUGAAUGAUUUGCGGGAAGUAACGAAAGCUGUCAUAAAAGCCAAGUCACAUCUCAUUGAUGAAAACCGCAUUGCCAUUUGGGGAUGGUCGUAUGGCGCCUUUCUGGCCUUAAAAACUUUGGAGGUCGACGCAGGACAGAUUUUUAAGUAUGGUGUCGCAGUCGCUCCCGUAACGAACUGGAAAUUUUACAAUUCGAUCUACACAGAGCGUAUCAUGGGGAAGCCAGACGAAAAUGAUGUGGGUUACAGCGAGCAUUCUCUCAUCAAGGACGUUGAAAACUUCAAUAAGGUAAAACGCUUCUUCCUCGUGCAUGGUACUGCCGAUGACAACGUUCAUCUUCAAAACACUCUCAAUUUGAUUGACCAGUUCAACUUGAACUCCGUCACAAAUUAUGAUUGGCAAAUUUAUCCUGAUUCUGAUCACUCAAUCGUUUUCCAUAAUGCGGGGCGGAUUGUGUAUGAAAAGAUUUAUUCCUGGCUAAUGGACGCUUUUUCAGGGCAAUUCGAUUCCCAACAUUUCUAA